CCCCCCACACACACACACACAUCGGGGUCAUUCUACUUCCAGGCAGCUGAAUGGUUUCACUCCCGCACCUCCUGAAAAUCGCACAUGAACAGUCUGAGGGACGCCAGCGGACCUGCCCUACCUAUGCACCUUCUGCGUGCGUCAAAGAAACUCUAUUGUUUCUUCGUUUAAUUGUUUUGAGACGCUGGUUCCCAUCUGGUGCUUUUGGAUUACUGAGAUUACGGCGCGUAACGUUAUCAUGGAUGUAUGGAUAAAGUUGAUGUUGUUGUAUAGCUGCUGCUUUGGAGCAAGUGCAGACUUUGAUGGCAGGUGGCCACGGCAGAUGGCCUCGUCCAAUGGUCUGUGUCGAUAUGGGGCCAGGGUGGACUGCUGCUGGGGAUGGACACGUCGCUCCUGGGGUCACUGCCAGCCUCUCUACGCCUUAACUCACAGAGUAGCCGGGAUAAGGUGCCAGCCCCAAGCUCUGUGCCAGCCUGGCUGUAAGCACGGAGACUGCGUGGGACCCAAUAAGUGCAAGUGCCACCCUGGUUUCACCGGCAAGACCUGCAAUCAAGAAGAAGAGCUGGACUAUUUAACCCCACCAUUGUGGGCCAGUCACCUUCCUAUCUUUCUUCCUGUGGACCAUCAGCCAGCAAGAGGUGCGAUGGAGGACCUGAAUGAAUGUGGGCUGAAGCCGAGGCCUUGUAAACACAGGUGCAUGAACACAUACGGGAGUUACAAGUGCUACUGCCUCAACGGAUACAUGCUGAUGCCUGACGGGACCUGUGGAAACGCUCGCACUUGUGGCAUGGCCAACUGCCAGUACGGCUGCGAGGUGCUGAAAGGAGAGGUCCGAUGUCAGUGUCCGUCGCCGGGGCUACAGCUGGCUUCUGAUGGAAGAACCUGUGUGGAUGUGGAUGAGUGUGCAGCAGGAAUUGCAGUGUGUCCUAGGUUCAGGAAAUGCAUUAACACCUUUGGUAGCUACAUCUGCAAGUGCCACGAAGGCUUUGACCUGCAAUAUGUCAAUGGGAAAUACCAAUGCAUAGAUGUGGAUGAGUGCUCUUUAAGUCAAAGCCACUGCAGCAGUUUUGCCACCUGCUACAACACGCCGGGCUCAUACAAGUGCAAAUGCAAAGACGGCUACAGGGGGAUGGGCCACGACUGCAAACCCAUUCCUAAGGUGGUUAUUGACCCCCCGAGACCAGGCAAACUGCCUCCAAAUCAUCACAAUCAUAUUCCCAACAUGGAUCAGAAGAGGACCACCACCACCAUCCACCCGCCAGUGACUCAAAGGAGAAUCAUCCACAUUAUUCCCAAAUCAACAGCCGCCACCACAACAACAACCAAAGCACCACUGCCUCCAAAGAGGGUCACCCCACAUCUACGCAAGCCGACAGUUCCCACCCGGAAGCCCUUUGUCCCAACCAGGAAACCAGUGGCACCCACACGCAAGCCCUUCAUCCCACAAAGGCCAGUGACUCCCACCAGACUCCCAACACCGCCACCGGUCACACCAGUAGACAACACCAUUCAGAAGGAGGUCAACAAACAGAGAGGGGAUGUCCACAUCCCUCGGAACCACGACCAUAACACUGUCCUCGGCAUCGACUUUGACAUUGAGCUCGGCAACACGGCAGAUGAAGCCAAGGACGACCCAGAGUCGGGGUAUCUGAGCUGCUCCUUUGAUGAUGGUCUUUGUGGUUGGAUCAGCGACAAAGACGGAGACCUGCACUGGGAGACGACGCCUGAUCCGUCAGGUGGUCGGUACCUCACCAUUCCCGAGGUAGGCAACAAGAGGACUGGGCGAGGGGCCAGACUGGUUCUCCCACUUUACCCCUCCUGGAACGACGGCAAUCUGUGCUUGUCGUUCCGGCACAAGCUGGCUGGCCACCAUGUGGGCAUGCUACAAGUGUUUGUGAAGAAGGGAAAGCAGUACAGCCCAGCAGUCUGGGGCCGGACAGGUGGAAAUGGCUGGAGGCACACCCAAAUCACAUUAUGGGGCACAGGCCUGGAAAGUGUGAUCCUGAAGGGGGAGCGCGGGCGAGGCAGGAGUGGCGAGAUGGCUGUGGACGACAUCACCCUGAGGAAAGGCUCCUGUACAGAGGAGCACAAUCUGAGGAGACUCUGACUGACAGAACAGAGAAAGGCAGAAAGAAAACAAGAGGGAAAAUCAUCUCAAAGAGAACUGACUCUGUUGUGACAACCCCUCAGUCUGCCUGGGCUCUCGCUAAUACCCCCCACCCCAACCCUCCCAGCCAUCCUGUAAACGAUAUC